CGCUGCGCCCCCCGCCCCCGCAGCAGCAGCAGCAGCAGCAGCAGCAGCAGCAGCAGCAAGGGGGGGCGGGUGGCGGCGGCGUGGAGGUCCAUUGGUCUGCGGCUGAAGGCGCUGGUGGGCACCUUGCUGACCACCUUCCGCCUCGGCUGGCUGGGCCUUUCUGCUUCUCUUUUUGCUGCUGCUUCUGCAGAUUUGCUGCUGAUUGUCACUCUCCACAUCUUCUACGUUUACCUCGUUUGCGCCCGUCUUCUCCACGUCAACCUCAAAAGCCUCCACUCCCUUUUCCUCCUCUUCAGGGGGCAGAAGUGGAACGUGCUGCGGCGGCGGGUGGACUCUGCAGACCUGCAAAUGGACCAGCUGCUGAUAGGCUGCAUUUUGUUCACAAUAACAGUUUGUCUUUUUCCAACAACUUUGCUGUUUUAUGUUUCUUACAUGUUGAUUUGGCUGCUGAUCUUCAGCACCCACUCCGUCCUCAAAAUGUCUCUUUUUCUCUUUUUGUCUUUCCCCACUUCUCUCCUUCUUUUCCGCGCCAGGGCCCCCCACUUGCUGACAGCAGGGGUCUCCUUCGAGCCCCUCACGGCCUUGAAAACGGAGACAAACUGCAGCAGCAGCAGCAGCAGCAGCAGCAGCAGCAGCAGCAGCGGCGGCGGCGGCAGCAGGUGCCUGCAGCUGCAGCCGCACAAGCAGAAGUCGCGCGGCGGCCGCAGCGGCCGCGCGUCGGUGUCUGCUGCGAAGCCGGGGAAGGCUGUCGAGCCCGCUGCAGCAGCAGCAGCAGCAGCAGCAGCAGCAGCAGCAGCAGCAGCGCGGAGCAGCAGCAACGUGUACUUCAUGCUGCGCGCGCGGCCAAUCACUUACGCAGACAUUCUGUGGCCCCCCAUUGCUGCUGCUGCGCGCAGCACUUUGGCUCCUCUCCAUCCUUCUGCACUUUUGCCGAAAAUCCUGCAGGGAGAUAUUGUGAGGCUUUCUCGCCACAACGCAGCAGCAGCAGCAGCAGCAGCAGCAGCAGCAGCGCAGCACUGA